AUGGCCGGUGGGCCGGGCCCGGGGGACCCCGCGGCCCCCGGCGCCCAGCACUUCCUGUACGAGGUGCCGCCCUGGGUCAUGUGCCGCUUCUACAAAGUGAUGGACGCCCUGGAGCCCGCCGACUGGUGCCAGUUCGCCGCCCUGAUCGUGCGCGACCAGACCGAGCUGCGGCUGUGCGAGCGCUCCGGGCAGCGCACGGCCAGUGUCCUGUGGCCCUGGAUCAACCGCAACGCCCGCGUGGCCGACCUCGUGCGCAUCCUCACGCACCUGCAGCUGCUCCGCGCGCGGGAUAUCAUCACGGCCUGGCACCCUCCCGCCCCCCUUCUGCCCCCCGGCACCAGCACCCCGAGGCCCAGCAGCCCCCCUGCACCCUCUGAGGCCGAGGCCCUCCGCCCUCGGAAGUUGCAGACGUCAGCCUCCACACUCCCCUCCCCAGUUUUUCCAGGCUCCCAAACCCAUUCUGGGGCUGAGCUGGGUCCUGUCCCAAGCCCUGCUGCCCUCCAGCCACCACCACCAUAUCCAGACCCUUCCUCUACCAAGCCUAACCGGGAGAGCCCAGUGUCCCUCCUGCAGGGGGCCCACCCCUCUCCAUUCUGCUGGCCCCUCACUGAGAUUUCCCAAGGCACCCACAACUUCUCAGAGGAGCUGAAGAUCGGGGAGGGCGGCUUCGGGUGUGUGUACCGGGCUGUGAUGAGGAACACGCUGUAUGCUGUGAAGAGGCUGAAGGAGGGGGCAGACCUGGAGUGGACCACAGUGAGGCAGAGCUUCCUGACCGAAGUGGAGCAGCUGUCUCGGUUUCGUCACCCAAACAUCGUGGACUUUGCCGGCUACUGCGCCGAGAGUGGCUUCUACUGCCUCGUCUAUGGCUUCCUGCCCAGUGGCUCCCUGGAAGACCGCCUCCACUUCCAGGCCUGCCCCCCUCUCUCCUGGCCUCAGCGACUAAACAUCCUCCUGGGCACGGCGCGGGCGAUUCAGUUUCUACAUCAGGACAGCCCCAGCCUCAUCCACGGAGACAUCAAGAGCUCCAACGUCCUUCUGGAUGACAGACUCAUGCCCAAACUGGGAGACUUUGGCCUGGCGCGUCUCAGCCGCUUCGCAGCGGCCAGUCCCGGCCAGAGCAGCACCGUGGCCCGGACGCGGACCGUGCGUGGCACUCUGGCCUACCUGCCCGAGGAGUACAUCAAGACGGGGCGGCUGGCCGUGGACACCGACACCUUCAGCUUCGGCGUGGUAGUGCUGGAGACCCUGGCUGGCCAGAGGGCCGUGAGGACGCAUGGUACCAAGACCAAGUAUCUGAAAGACCUGGUUGAAGAAGAGGCUGAGGAGGCCGGGUUAGCCCUGAAAAGCACCCAGACCACACUCCAAGCAGGUCUGGCCGCAGACGCCUGGGCUGCCCCAAUUGCCGCCCAGAUCUGUAAGAAGCAUCUGGACCCCCGGCCCGGGCCGUGCCCCCCUGAGCUGGGCCUGGCGCUGGGCCAGCUGGCUUGCUGCUGUCUGCACCGGCGGGCCAAAAGGAGACCCCCCAUGACCCAGGUGUAUGAGAGCCUGGAGAGGCUGCAGGCGGCCGUGGCGGGGCCAGCGCUGGAGCCUGAGGCUGCCGGCCACGGCCCCCCUUCCCCCCAGGAGAACUCCUACAUCUCCACAGCCGGCAGCGCCCCGAGCGCUGCCGGCCCGCUGCGGCCCCUGGCGGUUCCCCCAGGAGCCCCAGCCCCGGCUCCAGACUGGCUCCAGAAGGGCCCCAACCAGCCCGUGGAGAGUGACGAGAGCAUGUCCGGCCUGUCUGCUGCCCUGCAUUCCUGGCACCUGAGCCCGGGCUGCCCCCCAGGCCUGGCCUUGCCCGGCAGCCCCGGGCAAGGUGCCGCCGUGUGGGCCCCGGCAUCCCUCGGGACGGCCGGCGGUACCGAAGGGGGUGCCACCCAAGCGUCGAGCUGGGGGAGCGGCCCAGGGCCCCGGCUGACAGCUAUGGAAGGACCGCUCUUGGGUAGCUCUCUGUCAUCACAGCCACCACAGAUCGUCAUCAACCCAGCCCGGCAGAAGAUGGUGCAGAAGCUGGCCUUGUAUGAGGACGGGGUCCUGGACAGCCUACAGCUGCUGUCGUCCAGCUCACUCCCAGGCUUAGGCGUGGAGCGCCAAAACAGGCAGGGGCCAGAAGAGAGCGACGAAUUUCAGAGUUGAUGUGUUCACCUGGCG